AUGGGGUACACUGACCCUUCGUCAAGCCGGGAUUUGCUGGGGAACAGAACUUUGUUCUUCAUCUUCAUCUGCGCCUUUGCUGUGGUCACCUUGCUGCAGCAGAUCCUCUAUGGGAGAAACUAUCUAAAGAGAGGGCUGCAGUUUAGCUGGCAGAAUGGAGAGGAAUUGGCAAAUUGGACCGGCACCUUUAAUUUCACGGAUGACGCAGCAGUGAAGAGUGGCAGUGACACAGGCUCCAGGUAUUUUGAGUUUUAUGAAGGGCCUUUGGAAUACAACUCUACAAAAUGCCUGGAAUUAAGGCAGGACAUCAUUGAGGUGAAAGUCUUGUCUAUGGUGAAACAAACUGAAUUAUUUGACAGAUGGAAGAGCCUACAGAUGUGCAAAUGGGAGAUGAAUGUCACAGAAGCCAAUUUAUUCAAGUCUACUCUGUCAAGGUGUUGCAACGCCCCAUCUUUUCUGUUCACCACCCAGAAAAAUACUCCCUUGGGAACUAAACUGAAAUAUGAAGUGGACACGAGUGGAAUCUUUCAUAUCAACCAAGAAAUCUUCAAAAUGUUUCCAAAGGACAUGCCGUACCACCGCUCCCAGUUUAAGAGAUGUGCAGUGGUUGGGAAUGGUGGAAUUCUGAAGAACAGCAGAUGUGGCCGGGAGAUUGACAGCGCAGACUUCGUGUUUCGAUGCAAUUUGCCUCCUAUAUCUGACAAAUACUUCAUGGAUGUUGGGGUGAAGACAGAUGUCGUGACUGUCAAUCCCAGUAUAAUCACUGAGAGAUUCCACAAGCUGGAGAAGUGGAGGAAGCCCUUCUACGACGUGCUCCAGGUGUACGAGAACGCGUCCGUGCUGCUGCCAGCCUUCUACAACACGCGCAACACGGACGUGUCCAUCCGGGUCAAAUACGUCCUGGAUGACUUCGAGUCCCAGCAGGCUGUUUAUUAUUUCCACCCCCAGUAUCUCAUCAAUGUCUCUCGCUACUGGCUCGGCCAGGGCGUGCGGGCCAAGCGGGUCAGCACCGGGCUGAUCCUGGUGACUGCAGCCCUGGAGCUCUGCGAGGAGGUGAACCUCUUUGGCUUCUGGGCCUUCCCCAUGAACCCCUCAGGGAUUUUUAUAACUCACCACUACUACGACAACGUGAAGCCUCGCCCCGGGUUCCACGCGAUGCCCUCGGAAAUAUUCAAUUUCCUACACAUGCACAGCAAGGGGAUCCUGCGGGUCCACACGGGGACCUGCAGCUGA